AUGGUCCUCGCCCACCUUAAAGCCGUCGGGGCAGAACUCGCAGCCGUCCUUCCUGAAAACGACUUACCAUGGUACAAGAAACCCAACCUCCGACGCCUGAUCUAUUCGAGUACUUCCAUGUUCUUGCUUGCUUCGGCAAAUGGCUACGAUGGUUCAAUGAUGAACGGUCUACAGGCUUUACCACAAUGGGAGAAUUUCAUGGACACACCUACGGGCGCCUGGCUUGGCUUUAUUAACGCCGUGCAAAGCUUGGGUGCCUUCAGUGCGUAUCCAGUAGCUGCGUAUUGCGCGAACAAAUUUGGUCGCAAGAGGACAAUGUACGUUGCGUACUUCUGGCUUGCUCUUGGUGUCGCCUUGCAGACUGCAGCACAAAACACCACAAUGUUCAUAUUCGGUCGUCUCUUUAUUGGUGGGGUCACCUGCUUCUUCUCAAGCGCCGCACCGCUCCUCAUCACUGAGACUGCAUACCCCACGCAUCGUGGCGGUCUGACAGCGCUCUAUGGCACGGGCUGGUAUAUCGGAUCAACGAUAGCAGCAUGGGCGACGUAUGCCACGAGGAACUACGCAGGCAGCGAAGCGAAUUGGGCUUGGCGCAUUCCGUCCAUUCUUCAGCUUUUGAUCCCUCUGGUCGCGCUUCCAGGUCUUCUCAUAGCCCCUGAAUCGCCUCGAUGGCUUUCUGCCGUUGGCCGAACGGACGAGGCCCGUGCAAUUCUGCAAAAGUUUCAUGCCGAAGGCGACGAACAUUCGCGUCUUGUUGAUUUUGAGAUGGCUGAAAUAUCCGAGACUCUUCGUCUGGAGAGAGAGCGGGAAACGGCCACUACUUGGCUGGAUUUGGUGCGCACCAAAGGCAACCGACACAGAUUUUUCAUCUCCAUCACACUGGGCGUUUUCGCGCAAUGGAACGGUGUCGGUAUCGUGUCUUACUACCUUGCACCUGUGCUGAGGACGGUAGGCAUCACAUCUGUGACUCAGCAAACCCUCAUCUCUGGCUUCCUUCAAAUCUGGAACUUAAUCAUCGCUGUAACGGCGGCGCUUACAGUUGAUCUUGCUGGACGACGCCGUCUAUUCUUGAUCUCAAGCAGCGGUAUGCUUGUUUGCUACAUCAUCAUCUCGGGUCUUGCUGGAUCCUUUGCCAACACGGCAGCGACUUCAACAGGAAUUGCGGUCAUACCUUUUCUGUUUGUUUACUACGGGUUUUACGAUAUCGCGUUUACUCCUCUCCUCUAUGGCUACACCUGCGAGAUCUGGCCGUACGAACUGAGAGCACGCGGUGUAGCCAGUAUGAACCUGGCCACCUCCAUGGCAACCUUUUUCAACAUCUUCGUUAAUCCCAUCGCUCUUGAUGGUAUCCAAUGGAGAUACUACCUUGUUUAUGUGGCGCUCCUUUUCGUCAUCACCACCACGAUAUACUUCUUCUAUCCGGAGACCAGAGGUCACAGUCUGGAGGAGAUGGCGCGCAUCUUUGACGGCGAAAAGGCUGCCGUUCCUAGUGAGGGUUCAAUUUUGGGCGAUAAUAAGGAUUCGAUAACGGUAGUCGAGGGGGCGUAAUGACGUCCUCUCAAGUAAAUUUUGAAAGAGGUGUCGUCUUAUAGUGUACGUCACUCUUUUUCAAAUGUAGGUAUAACCAGCUGUGUGUAAAUUAGUCGAGUUUGUAGUGAAGUGUC